AUGUACAGCAGUAUAUGCAUCUGCCUGGUCCUUGCUGUGCUCUCAGCAAGCUCCGUCGGACAGCAAACCCUGGCCUUGCACAAUGGGAACCCACUGGCUGCUGAGCUUGAGCAGAGCUCGACAGAGCAUCACCGGCACGUCCGUGCCCCUUCCUCUGCCGGCUCGCUGAAAUCCGUGCCGCGGCUGGAGGGAAGCAUUGACCAAAGAGCUAACAUCGCUGCCUUGUUGGCCAAGUAUCUCCAGCAAGCCAGAAAAGCUGGUUCCACUGGAAGACUCUCAGUGCUGGGAAACAGGGUACAGAGCAUCGAUCCCACACACAGGAUAAAUGACAGAGACUACAUGGGCUGGAUGGAUUUUGGCCGCCGCAGCGCUGAGGAAUACGAAUACUCUUCCUAA